AUGAGAGCACCAAGCCCACUACCAGCAUAAUGUAUCUACCGAUUCAUGGAGUACGAGCGGACCCCUCUGGGGAAGAGAAUACCUCGGAAACGCACAGCUGCUGUUGCGAUCGUAUUGUUCGUCGGACGACUGGGGGACCUCUACGUGCUCCUUUCGACGAGAGCGAGCAACAUGCGGUCGUACGCGUCUGAUACGGCUCUCCCGGGAGGUAAAUACGAGGAUGGGGACGAAGACGAGGAGGGAACCGCGAGAAGAGAAGCGUAUGAAGAGAUUGGGCUGCCGAUGGACCGAGACAAAGUCCGCAAGCUGUGUCUACUCGACGCGUUCCUCACGGGCAACGGCCUGAUCGUGACGCCCGUCGUCCUCCUCGUCACUGACAACGCGUUGAACCCCGUUCUCAACCCCUCCGAAGUGACCCACCUGUUCAGCAUGCCUCUGACUGCCUUUCUCCACUCGCACCCCUCCCAGAUCCCGGGAUGGCAUUUCGGGAUCAGCACCCGCAUCCUCGCGCAGGGACCUCCGGACGUGCCGCCCCCUCCCCGAGUGGGAUAUGCGGAAGGCGAGGGAGAGGUCGGAGGGAAGGAAGGGAGGUAUUAUCAGUUCCGGGAUGUGACGUGGGGGCAGGGAGUGGUGAGGAUGCAUCGGUUCCUGACGGGCAGAGAGGGAGGUGGGGUCAAGCCGGUCUAUGGGCUCACAUCAGCCAUACUCAUCCACGCCGCUAUGGUAGGGUACGAUCAGCGCCCCGACUUCCCCGUCUUCGCGCCGGGGCAGCACACCGUGCAAGAACGGAUAGAGUGGGAGGUGAUCAAUGGCGCGGGACCACUGCGACGUGCGAUGGAGGCGGAGGGGAUGUUGGGUGAUUGGGACGAAGCCAAGGCGAAGCUCUGA